UAAAAUUGUGAGUGAGUGAGUGAGUGUGUGUGGAGGUGAGGCAGUGAUGCCCAGUAUAUAAAGAUCCACCAAAGAGGGUCCGAAAUGGACAUGAUCAGGACCCUGAGCUGGACAGAGGUGAAAGCAUCAUUUCCAGAAAAAGAUUUCUUAUAUAACCUGUAGCCUGUGCCAGAGCCAAAGAUGCCAAACUGGGGUGGAGGAGCCAAGUGUGCGGCCUGUGAGAAGACGGUUUACCAUGCUGAGGAGAUCCAGUGCAACAGCCGGAGCUUCCACAAAACCUGCUUCAUCUGCAUGACUUGUCGUAAAGGUUUGGAUAGCACUACGGUUGCAGCACACGAGUCUGAGAUUUACUGCAAAUCCUGUUACGGCAAGAAAUAUGGUCCAAAAGGUUAUGGGUACGGCCAGGGCGCCGGAGCUUUGAGUUCUGAUCCCAUCAAUAAUGAAGAACUUCAGCCUCAAGAGCCCAAAGCUCCCCGCCCUGCAUCUUCUAACUCAAACCCAAACAAGUUUGCACAGAAGCUGGGGAGUACAGAUCGCUGUCCUCGCUGCUCUAAAGCCGUUUACGCAGCAGAGAAAGUCAUGGGCGCUGGAAAGCCCUGGCACAAAACCUGCUUCCGUUGUUUAUUGUGUGGGAAGAGCCUGGAAUCCACCACAGUGACGGAUAAAGAUGGAGAGCUCUAUUGUAAAGUUUGCUAUGCCAAAAACUUUGGUCCAAAGGGGCGUGGCCUGGGGAACCUGGAUCAGCAAAAAAUAUACCUUUACCUGGAGAAACACUCUGACCAGCGAAUUACAAAAGUGGUCCGAUUUAUUCCAAAGCACAGAGCAAGAAUCAAGAACAGCACUUUUCUCUUAUUAUGACAUACAGCGUAAUAAAG